AUGAUGGAUAAUGAAUAUAAUACUCAACUAGAUAACGAUGAAAAUAAUCUAUUAAAUAAAUUAAAAACUAUAUGGAUAAAUGAAAAAUUUGCACCAAAUCUAUUAGAUUAUCAAAAUGAAAUCAUCAGCAAUGUUAUGGAAAAAAUAGAAGAAAAAGAAGCAUUAUGUACAGAGGGUAUUCAAAAUAAGAGUCAUCAGUUCACUGCAGAUAUUUACGAAAUGGAAAUUGAAAGAUUAAAAUAUAUAGUAAAAUGUUAUUUAAGAUUAAGGAUUAAAAAAAUUGAUCAGUUUUACACAUCAGUUUUAAAAGAAAGUCAAUCAAACACUGAAUUAUUAUCACAACACGAAUUAAAAUAUACUGAAAGGUAUAAAUCAUAUAUGGACGAAUAUUUUAAAAAAACAAUACUAUCAUCUCUUCAUAAAGAUCAUUCAACAAUGAGUCCAGAUCACUAUUUAGAACCACAAUUAAAUACAUGGGUUUUUUGUAAACCAAAGGAAAAUUUAGGUGAAUAUUUAAUCGACGAAGAUACCAUCGAUUUUAAAAAGACAUCAAUUUAUUUUGUAAAAUAUAGACCAAUUAAAGAUUUAGUACAGGCUGGAAGAAUGGAUUUAAUUUAA